AACGGAAGAAGGAGCGAGCCAUGGAGGGGAACCGGGAUGAGGCGGAGAAAUGCAUCGAGAUCGCCCGGGAAGCGCUGGAGGCCGGCAACCGCGACCGGGCCCUGCGCUUCCUUCACAAGGCAGAGAAACUCUACCCGUCCCCCACGGCCCGAGUGCUUCUGGAAGCAAUUAUGAAAAAUGGAAGCACAGCUGCAAAUGGCCCCCAUUCCCGAAAACCAACCAGUGGUGGGGAUCACAACCGGCCCAAUAACACGAAGGAUGGUGGCUCUGCUGGUGGGGAAAGUGGAAAAGCCUAUACCAAAGAUCAAGUAGAUGGAGUCCUGAGCAUAAACAAGUGUAAAAAUUACUAUGAAGUACUGGGAGUUACAAAAGAUGCCGGUGACGAGGAUUUGAAGAAAGCUUACAGAAAGCUUGCUUUGAAGUUUCAUCCAGAUAAAAACCAUGCACCUGGAGCAACAGAUGCUUUUAAAAAGAUUGGAAAUGCCUAUGCUGUUUUAAGCAAUCCUGAAAAAAGAAAGCAGUAUGACCUCACAGGCAAUGAAGACCAAGCGUGUAAUCACCAAAACAAUGGUAGAUUUAAUUUCCACAGAGGCUGUGAAGCUGAUAUAACUCCAGAAGAUUUGUUUAAUAUAUUCUUUGGUGGUGGAUUUCCAUCAGGUAGCGUACAUUCAUUUUCUAAUGGACGAGCAGGAUAUAGUCAUCACCACCAGCAUCGGCAUAGUGGACAUGAGAGAGAAGAAGAAAGAGGCGAUGGGGGUUUCUCUGUGUUUAUACAGCUGAUGCCCAUUGUAGUGUUGAUCCUCGUGUCCCUGUUAAGCCAGUUGAUGGUCUCUAAUCCUCCUUACUCCUUAUAUCCCAGAUCUGGUUCAGGACAAACCAUUAAAAUGCAGACAGAAAACUUGGGUGUUGUUUAUUAUGUCAACAAGGAUUUUAAGAAUGAAUAUAAAGGAAUGUUAUUACAAAAGGUAGAAAAAAGUGUAGAAGAAGAUUAUGUGACUAAUAUUCGAAAUAAUUGCUGGAAGGAAAGACAACAAAAAACAGAUAUGCAGUAUGCAGCAAAAGUGUACCGGGAUGAUCGACUACGGAAAAAGGCAGAGUCACUAAGCAUGGACAACUGUAAAGAAUUAGAGCGGCUCACUAGUAUCUAUAGAGGAGGAUGAACUGGGAUUUUCAUUGACAUCUUUUAGCACACUUUUUUUUUCUGUACAAGAAGAAAUUUAGUUUCAUUGUAAAAUCUCAAAAAAGAGUUGGAUAUUAAAAACUAAACUGAGUAGUUACUCCCUGAAAUCUUACGUGAUAGGACUCAAAACAGUUAAUGGAUUCUUUACCUAGUAAGAAAUGAAAACUAGAAUUCAUGAUUUAGUUAUGCAUCUCGUCAUUGUUAUUCAGUUUUACUUCCAAUGCUUACCUAAUUCUUUAAUUACAGAUUACUCAGAAAAGGAUUAUCACACCUCUAGCAGUUUUCCAGUUAUAGUGAUUCCCUUCUUCCCUUGUCAUGUAAAUAUUUAUGAAAAAAACAUUUUUGUGUAUAUACAAGUUAUUGACUUUAUAUUUAAAAAUCUCAGAAGUUUAGCUCCAUGAAACACUUCAGCUCACUGAUGGAAUAACUAUAUGACAAUGUUACUUUUCCUUGUCAGGCGUCCAGUGUGUGGAGUUUAAACAAUGACACUUUUUUUUUAAAGGCAAUUUAACUUUGUGUAAAAAAAUCUUCUAGCUUUAUCUGCUUAGAAGAAUUUAAUAUUUUUAAAUGUAUAUUCCUGAAUAUAUGUUGAGAUGAAUUGAACUGGUGUAGAUUAUCAGUUUGCCAUUUAGUUUUAUGAAUUGCUAAGCAAUGUGAGGAAAUGAAAAGCUAUCCUGAUUAAUUUAAAAAUAAAUACAAUAAAAAUGAUAUACAGAUGCUUAAUGUUGACAUUUCUUGAGAAGUAAAUGUCAGUUUUGAAAUUCUGAAAGUAAAUAUAUCCCUUUACCCCCACCCCCAGCCAAUUUAUGUUCAUUUAAAAGCUUCUAAAAUUUAUGAAGGAAAAGACCUCCUCCCCAUUUCCCUACAGAAAUUUGCAUUUUCUUAGUGCUCAUUUCAUGCUUGGUCUCAAAAGUAAAUUAUUUUAUAAGCAAGUGGUAAGAAAAGUUACUACUAAAAUUAAGCCUUAUGCCUUUAACACUAUUGCCAACUACUGAACUUUUAUAUAGGUAACUUGCAAAAUUAUUUGAUCUGUUUGGCUGUGUGCAAAGAUGAGCAGAAAUAUGGUGGCUGUUGAAUAAUCAUUUACAGGAAGUCUCUGUAAAUGUCUCUGUAGCGCCACUCUGAGCUUAAAAUUGAUUCACCAUUUAAAGUAGUCAAAUUUAAUCUUAAUAGAAAAUAGACAUUUUUGUAAUGAAAUCCAUUAGUAUAAAUUGGAAAGAAAUGUAAGCAGUUGGAUAUUGGUUUUUGUGCCUGUAAAUUGAGUAUGAGAGUACUUUAUUUAAGAUUUUCUAUGUUGAACAGUUGUCAUAUUUUAAUCAUUUUGCUUCAUACUCAUUUAAUGGAACAAGAACAAGUCUUUGACAGUUUUUCUACUUGAUGAGAAUGCUAGAAAUUUGGUAAUAGUAGCAGUGCUCAUUGUGUUUAGAAAUUAUUCCCGAAUUUAGCUAAUUUAUUGUCAGUCUAAUAAAUUCCUGCUAAAAUGACCAUUCUCCUUAAAAUUGUCCUGUUGUAUCUGUUUUUCCAAGUGACUCACCAGAAUUGCUUGGUUGCAUCAUAAAUUAUAUAACAGCAUAGUAAUUAAGGAAUAGUAGAAAACCCAAUCAAGAUUUACUUAAUUUUUAGAGAAGUGGCCUUUAGAAUAAAUAGCAUACUUAAAAGGGGAUUACAAUUUGAAGUAUUUCCUUCAGCCUGUGCAGUGGGCCAUUAGAUAAAGGAUGUAAAUUAUUUUGAAACUAUUAGAGUCAUUAGAAAACAUACAAAUUUGGAUUAGAAUUACAAUAUUUUCAUCCAUUUCUUUUUACAGUUUUCACAGGAAUGGUGGGCAUAAAUGGGGGUAGUUUCUUUGAAUUCAACCCUCCUGUUUAAUAAUUCUUUUUCUUUUAAUUUGGAGUUUGAGGGUGUCAACAACAUUGGUAAAGUUAAGUGAAGUGUAUCAUGCUAACUUAUACAUGGUUCUAGACAGUGUUAUAUUUUUAUUGUAUUGGCGUGUUCCAUUGAAUUUUAUAAAAUAUUAAGGCAAAAUGUGCUUGGAGAAAAAACACUCUAAAAUUGAUUGUAAUCACUAAUAAUGGCUGAGCAAAUUUUAGGGUGCCCUGCUGACCAAGCCUCAGGAACUUCUGCUGCUUUGUACUUUGGGGGUGAGAAUACUGCCUGCAUGCUGGUUUAAAAAAAAAAAGGCCCAUGUCUUUUAGUAUUUUAAGGUGUGCACGGCAAGACCUUGAGGUGGGAAAUUUUCACAUUUGACAUUCAUUUCAAAGAAAAAUUUUUUGCCUGUGAAAUAUUAUUUUUUAUAAAAGGAAGGUAUGUGUUCAUCUUAGAUUCCAAACUAAAGCUUUUCAUCACUGCCCAAAGGUUCCCAAUCAUGGAGUAAAGCUGUACUGUACUGUAGAUAUUUUAUGCUAUCUUAUUCAGUUGGCAUCAAAGAAAUUUUUCAUACUGUGUUCUUAAAUUCCUCACGUUAGUAACAGAUCAAAGCUUCUACAGUCAUACAAAAUAUUUUAAUGUCUUCGUGAGUGAAUUCAGACAAAAUAGAAUCACACUACUUGACUUUGUCACUUUUGUUCUCCCUUGCCCUAUAGUUUACAGAUGGAUUGGUGCUAGUUGCCACCUUGGCUGAGUUUUAGAAUUGUUGAGGAUUUCACUCUCAACAUUAUAUAGUAGUUUCAGAUUAGUUCUUUAAAAGUGAAAAUAAAUCAUUUCAGAACUAAUUGGAUUUGGAUGCAUCUGUAACUAUUUGUUUCAUACCCUUAACAUUAAAUAUGAAUAAUAAUAUGCAAAUACUCUGGAAGAAGUAGUGAAGCCCUUAUAUGUGAGCAUCAUUAUGCUGAUUCGUUAGACUAAUCUGCUUGUACUACCUCUACUUUGAUUGGUUUUCUGCUUUUCUCCCCCUCAAGAUACCCUACCCCCAACCCCUUCAUAUCCAGCCCCACAUCUAACAACUAAAAGGCCUAGAUGCUGCAGUUAGAUUGAUUUAAAAUAGUCUCCUCUUGGUCUUCAGUAUUUUAAAAUAUACAUGUCGUCUGACAACAUAACACUACCUGAUAAAACAUGAUUUGAUUUUUUGCAAAAUUAUAUGAGUUGAACCUCCCACUGAUGUUAAGGCAGUAACAAAAAUUCUUGGUUGUUUGCCUGAGUUCUAAUGAAGGCAGUUUUCCUGUUAAGCAAGUAUUAUGUGAAAGAAUCAAAAGGUUCAUUGAAAAACUUAUUUAGUGUCCCUGUGGGAGAUUUGGAUCCAGUUAAGUAAUCUUAUAACUCCUUAGCCUCACACUGAAUAAGGCAGAAAGGAGAGCUAUGUGAAACUUUCCCUCCCCGUAUGGACAGGAAAGCAACAGUGAACUGGCUCGUUUGCUACUUUACAAACUAUGUAACUAAAUGGAUGAGUGCAAAAAUAAUCUGGCAAAUACAUUUGUCACUGAAAAUUUUAGUGCCAGCAGAUCCCUUCAUAUAUUUUUAAAAGAAAAUAAGUAAAAUGAGGAUCCCCUUAAGGAAUUUUACAUAUCUUUGAUCUGAUGGGAAACAUGGUAGUAGAAUUCAGGCUUCCUUUUUAGUUUAAUUACUGUUAAAAUACAUAUUUCAUGUGAAUGGAAGCAGCUUUCUUUUGAAUAACAUUACUUUAAAACACUCCUUAUAUUAAGGAUUGUGUAGCCUUUUUUUUUUAAAUAAAUUCCCUUUGCAUGUAUAACUUUUCCCUGAUCAAGAUAAGAUUUUUCUUUUCAUUUAAUGCCAACAUUUGCUGGUCUUGGGGCCAUUAGAUUUGUGAAUACUCUGUGUAUUGUGUGUGUGUAUAGUUGUAUAUAUUUUUUUCAGCUAAUACCUCAAACUUGUGAUUGUUUAAUUAAUACCACAAUAUGUUUGCACAGAGCAGGGCUUCCAUUAGCAGAAGGAUUAAUCUUCUAAUUCUAGGCAUUCAGUUCAGAAUCUUGUUAAAUAUGAAUUCCAAGCCUUUUCAUUAAUCCUUUUUUCCCUAAGAGUAUAGCCAUUCCUAUUCUAAGUUUCAUUGUUCAAAAUAGCCUGUACCUGUUUCUCUUCAAAGCAAUCUGAAAGUAUGCUAGGUAAGAAGCAUUUCUUAAAGUUGUCUCCAUCAGUUCAUUACAAUUAUUAUUUGAGACUGUAACUCACCAAGACUGUUAUACUUAGAAGAUAAUUAACAUCUGACCCCAGACAUGCUUCACGAAAGGGUCACAAGUGGAAAACAUUUAAGAAGCCCUGGAAAUAAUUCCAUUUCACAGAAGAUAGUAUGCCUUAUUAAAACAUUACCAGUUUGAUAAGCCUAUUCCACUUUCACAAAUUGAAGUAAUGGAACUUUCACUUGGGUAACAUUCAGCUACAUGUGGCUUGGGUUUUGAUAAUGAAGAGUUCGGUUCUUGUUCUGGCUAGUCAUAAUGACAAGAAACAAAACCAACAAAAAGACUAACGCAGAUGAUGAUUUAUUGAUAUUGAGAAAUGCUUCUUGCCUUUUUUCACCUUCUAUCCUUCAGUAUACCUCCUGCUAGCCCAAAAUUUAGUUUGUAUGCUUCUGAAAGCCACAGAUCAUUUUCCCAGUAUGUGUAGGAAUUUUAAUGGAAGCCUUGUAAAGAAAAUUUAAUGAAGUGAAGCUAGCAUCUUAUAUAGGAGAUCUUAUUUUGUCUAUAUAGUGCAUUCGAGAUUACAAAAUGAACUGUCUGAUUUGUAACAUAUUUACUGUAAUAUCAGACUUAUAUCAAAAUAAAAUUAUUUUCAGUGUGAGAACUGUGUUAAAGAAAUGGCACUUGAUUUUACUUUUGUACACUUGUAAAUUCUGUUGAAUGCUUUGUGAUAAAUUUGUUUUUCAGUUCCUAGUUUUCAUGUCUGUAUAAAGUGGGAACAAAUUGAAUUAUAUUAUUUUCCCUGCAAAAGAUUACAAUACUAGUUCACUUAAAAGGCUUGUUGGGUUUUAUGAUUCCUGGCCUUGCUGCAGUCCCUGCACCAUCACUGCAGAAGUAGAAGAGAGCUGCAUAUAACUAAUGGUCAUUUUGCAUUUUUCUUUGUUUCAUAGGUUACCACAGGCAAAAAAUUUAUCACCCACCACCUACCUCCCAGGUAGCUGUGAGGAAAGUACUUUGCAACCUUUUAAAGUACUACUUAAUAAUUUCAUCCUCCUGGUAGUUAGGCUGGACCUGGGAAAGCAGAUAGUCAGGUAUGGUCCCUUUGAAAAGGACUGCAUUUGAAACCUUUCCAACCUGCCUGAAAUCUUGUGAAAUGAAUUCUAAGUCUUUUCAUUAAUGCUUUUUUUUUUACAAAGAAAAAAGAGUCACUGUAGUAAGACUUUGUGGAGAGGAUGCUAAAAAUCAGGUUUUAUAUUUUGUGCCAUUUAUAAUAGCAUAGUAAUGGGUCAGAUACAAAACUGCAGUCAUACAUAAGUGCAAUACCUUAUACAUAGUAAAUAUGCAUUCAUGCUUAGAUACAUUUUUGUCAUUUGACCACCUUGAGGAAAAAAGAAACAAAAAAAAUAUCCUAAUUAUAGCUGCACAAUCAGGGAUUAAACCCCGUUGCUUCAGCUAGGUUACAGACCUCAAUUAUAUUUCUCUCAAUCCCUAGCUGUUUGGGGCCCAGAAGUUAUUCUCAUUCUUUGUUUGCUUUUGUUUUUCAUGUUUUUGUUUUCAGAAGGCCAUUUCUAAAAAUAUCCUAAUUUUUAGCAUUGGCCUGGAGAGCCACAUAGUUUUAUUGGCUAUCCAAAACUGAAAUGAGGUUUUGCUUUAGACAGUUGACAGGUUAACCAUUGCUGAAAAUGCCAGGUAUAUCUCAAGUCUGACUAUGAUUGUGACACAUACAUAUGUUUGUAUAUGUACACAAAUAAACGGGCAUCUGUGAUUCUAACAUUGAUGAGGCAUUAUGAUGAAUUGUUCUUUUAGCUUCUCCUAAAAUCCUCCACAUAGCUGCCAGAACAAUUUUUCUAAAGCACAGGUCUGAUCAUAUCCCACUCCGACUGACCUCCUCCCAGUGUCACCCUCUAGCUCUAGUCUAAACUAUCUUUCUAGACUUAUUUCAUGUUACUACCUGUUACCUACACAGUGUUAACCAAAUAGACCUACUUGUGGUCUUAAGAUCGGAUCCGCUAACAGGAGGAACCUUAGCACACCUAAUUAAAGGAAAUUGUUUAUCAGGCAGAUUUGAACCAAGGGACUUGGAAUCCUCUGGAAAGAGCCAGUGUUCUUCCCCUGUGCCACAUUGUCUCCCCAGUUUCACCAGGCCUAGAAUGAUCUCCCUUCUUAUCAUUAGGUCUUUGAACCCUUAGCAUCCUUCAAGCUUUAGUUGAUGUAUUAUCUCCUACAGGAACCAUCUCCUGAUCCCCUUCAUUACCAGUCUUCUUGUCUUCUAGUUUUCUUGUAUUAACUGCUUAGACAGUGAGCUCCUUGAGAACAGGGAUUGUUUUUUGCCUGUCUUGUAUCCCCAACACUUGGUCCAGGGCUUAGCAGAUAGUAGGUACUUAAAUGCUUGUUAACUUGUUUAUGUAAUUUGUCCACCAGUAUGGAUCAGUCCACAAGCAUUUAUUAAAUGCCUGCUGUGUGCUUGUCAUUGGUCAUACAAAGAAUAGGAAAUUGUCCUGACCUCAAGGAUAUUCUUUCUUAGAACUAUCCUUUGCAUGUUUGUGUAUAAAAUAUGUACCUGGAGGGAAGGGGGGAGGUCACACUUGAGCUGAGCUUUGGAGGAAACUAAGGUAUCUAAGAGAUGGAGAAGAGGAAGGACUGCUUCCCAGGCAUGGGGAGGCAUCCUAUGCAAAAGGUAUAAAGGGUGGACGUGGAGUAUCAUGGGUGAAGAGGAGCAACAGGGCCCAUUUGGCUGGAUCAUAGAAUGCAUUCUAUCAUCAUCCCAGAAAGCAGAUCAGAACCAGGGUGCAGUACAUUGCCAGUAGUGCCACUGGGCCUUUUGUGACUUAGGAUCCAUCCCUGUGCUUUAGGAAUAUCAAGCGGCAGCUGUUUGGAGGCUGGUUUGGAGAAGGGAGAAGCUGAAACAUGGAGAUCUGUGUUGCUGCUGUAGUAGUUCAGAUGAGAGGGUGAGGUUCUGAAUUUGAGUGAUAUGGCACAAGAAAGGGCCUGAUAGGACUGAUGGGGAAUUGGAAGCACUGUGUGGAGCUGAUGGGGUGAGGGAGAGAGUCUGAUGACUCAAAGGUUUGUGGACUUAGGUGACUAGAAGGAUGCUGCUAUGCCCUGAAAGAGAUAGGAUCGGAAUGCACAACAGAUUGGAAACCACCAUAUUCCAAAUGUAAACAGAUCAUAGCCUACUUGAGAAACUAAUUUCUCAAAGGGUCAAAACAAAAGAAACUUGCCUCUCUCCUAAAUGUAGUGGAUUAUCAAGUGGGAGCUCAGCCAUUUUCUUUCUUUACUUCAGUUCUAUUCAGAAAGGUCUAUUGUAUGUAAUGUUCUGUCCUUUAUUUGUCAAUCAUCUGGGUGCUCAAAACACCUUGAUCCAGAGUGAACGUGAAACAUAAUUUCUGUGAUCACUUCUUUCUCUGUUACCAUAUGAGAUGGUCUCUGGACUUCUCUGUGUGACUAAUAGCAAAACAUUCUUUUGUACCCAUGAAACUGUGAAUAAAAUUACUUGGCACAA